GGCGGUUGUCGGUCGGUGCCUCUCUGCUCCGUUACUCUCAGUUCAUGUCGGUGUUUUAACGGCGGACUGACCGGAGCUCCUGGAACACAUUCAUGGAGGAAACGUGAAGUUUUACCGGAGAGGACCGGAGGAGGAGGAGGAGGACUUUUCCCGCGGUGUUGCUGAUACAGGUGUUGCAGUGUGAUGCAUAGUGAUGGAGGAGGCGGAGCACAGUCGAUACGUCGCCCAGCUGAAGGCCGAGUUCGACAGCUGCGACACGACGGCCACCGGCUUCCUGGACCGAGAGGAGCUGACGGAGCUCUGCCGCAAACUGCAGCUGGACGCUCACCUGCCGCUACUGCUGGACACACUGCUGGGAGAGCACACCUACGGCAGGGUGAACUUCCAGGAGUUUAAAGAAGGCUUCGUGGCCGUUCUGUCUCGCUCUCUGGACUUCAGCACGUCGGAGGAUGACAGCAGCUACCUGGAGCCAGUUGUUCCGGAGGAGGUGAAGCCAAAGUUCGUGAAGGGAGCGAAGCGUUACGGCCGUCGCUCCCGUCCCGACAGUCAGCCCGACACCGCUGACUCGGAGGACUCGCCGCCGUCCAGACCCGAGGCCACAGACUCGUCGCCGGUCGGCGUUCGAAGAGCCAAACUGAGGCGAUCGACGUCUCUGGAGAGCGUUGAGAGCCUGAAGUCUGAUGAGGAGGCAGGAAGUCAGAAAGAGAACAUCCAGCGAGACUUUCAGUCUAAAGUGUGUUGUUCAGGCCCUCAGCAGCAGGAGAAGGAGGAGGUGGAGCUGGGGGAUGUUGUUGGAGGAGGUGGAGGCGUCCUGGCGGCAGUAUGUGAUCACCUGGGUCUGCAGCAGCUAAACACAGAGCAGCUGGACGUGCUGCUCAGGAAGCUGGACGCCGACCUUGACGGCAGAGUCAGCAUCAGGGACUUCCAGAAGGUUCUGCGUGGCUCCGCCCCCGUCUCCUGCUCCACCCCCGUACGAUCAGCUGACCUGCAGAGGGCGCCACUCCGGUCUCAGGCAGUCUCAGAGGAGCGCUCGGCUCGCUCCACCUCGCCCUCCCUGCUUACGGCCACGGUGGGUCAGAGAGUCCUCAGCUGGCUGGACGACGGCUCAGGAUGCAGCAGCCCCGAGCGUGUCAUCGCCCUCUGGACCGAGGAGGGCAUCAGGAACAGCCGGGACAUCCUGCAGACUCUGGACUUCCCUCUGGAGGAGCGUCUCAGUCUGGCGGACCUGACUCUGGCUCUGGACAACGAGCUGCUGGUCAGCGGGAACGGCAUCCACCAGGCGGCGCUCAUCUCCUACAAGAAUGAGAUCCAACACCUGCAGGUGGUGGCGGAGCAGGCUUGCAGGGAGCGGGACAAGGUGAAGGCCGACCUGGAUCAGGCUGAUCAGAGGAACCUGCAGCUGGUCCGAGAGGUGGACGACCGCCACGCCAGCAUGGAGACGCUGAACCAGAGCCGGAUCAGGGACCUGGAGCAGGACUUCCGCGACAGGCUGGCGGCUCUGCGCAGUCAGUCGGAGCAGGAGAGCGAGGUGCUGCUGCAGCAGGCGGACAGAGAGCGCAGCGAGCUGCAGGACGAGCUGCGGCUGCUCAGAGCGCAGGAGGCGGAGCUACAGGAGGAGCUCUGCAGCGCCACUCAGGAGAGCAGUCGUCUGGAGGAGGAGCUGACUGUUGUGAAGCUGAAGCUGACUGAAGCAGAGAGCUCAGUGAACAGACAGCAGAGAGAUCUGGACCAGCUGCUGCACGACAAGUUUGGCAGCUUGGACCCGACGGGCGCCGGUCUGAGUCACGAGGAGCGAUUCUCCCAAAUCGUCAAAGAGUAUGAACUGCAGUGCCGGGAGCUGCGGGACAGAAAUGAUGAGCUGAGCUCAGAGUUGGAGCUGCUGAAAAGUCAGAGGAGCGACAGGAAGUCCAGACGAUCUGCAGGAGACGGCACCACCGCUGACGCUCUGAGCUGGACCGAACAACGCUCCGGCAGUGCCGAGUCCGACUCUGACGAGUCGGACAUGAAGCGCAGCUCGUCUCCUCUGGUCAGGAAGAGACUGCAGCCAGCAGAUAAAACAGCUCUGUGCUCAUUGGACAGCGUCUCUGGUCCCGCUGUCAGUAUCCAGACUGAACUGGCUCUGGAGCAGCUGGAGCAGAAACACAACCAGGAGCUGCAGCAGCUGCACAUCCAGAUCGAGACGCAGGUGAACUACUACGAACGCAGUCUGGAUCUGAUGAGACAGAGUAUGGAGGUCGAACGUAAAGACAUCUCUCAGGCCUUCAAGCUGGAGAUCAGUGAGCUGGAGGAGCAGAAAGCUCAGGCGGAGCAGCAGGUGAAGCAGCUGAAGGAGACGCUGGACAAACUGCAGACUCAGAUCCAACAUGGAGGAGGAGGAGGAGGAGGAGGAGGGUGGAGCAACGAGCAGGAGCGCAGAAUGCAGCGGGAGCGGGCGGAGCUGGAGCAGAACUUUGCCAGAGAGAUCGGGAACCUGGUCCAGAGGCUGAGUGCUGAGAAGGAUCAGCUGGAGGCCGAGCUGAAGCUGAAGAUGGACCAGGAAGUGAUGGUGGUCAGGGAGGAAACGGAGCAGCAGCUCUCUCAGAUGAAGCUGCAGCACGCUGAGGGUCAGCGCCGCCUCCUCCACCAGCUCCACCAGGAGCGCCAGCGGCUGCAGGAGCAGAGGGGAUCCUGGGAGAACCGGCUCGCCCAAUCGGAGCAGGAGAAGCUGCAGUGCGAGGAGAGAGCUGGGGAGGAGCAGGCCAGGAUCUGCAGUCAGUUCUCCUCAGAGAAGAAGAGGAUGGAGGAGCAGCAUGAGGAGGAGGUCCGUCAGCUGAAGGAGCAGGUCUUCAGUUUACAGGAGACCAUACAGAACUCCCAUCUGCAGAUCAGCCAAUCAGAGGCCAGUUUAGAGGAGCUCAGAGAGCGCUGUGGUCAGUUAGAGGACGAUCUUAAAGCUUCUUGUGGGCGUUGUUGUGAGCUGGAGGCCAGACUGGAGGAGGCCUGCACUCAGCUGGAGGAGAGCAUCACCUUCCUGGAGUCUCAUGAGGUUUUAAAUAAACGGCUCGCCUCAGAGAAGCGCUCCGUAGAGGAGGAGCUGCAGCUGGUGAAGACCGAAGAGGAGCAGCUCCUGGUUCAGGUGACCCAGCUGAAAGAGGAGCUGGGAAACCUCCGGGCUGCGUCCGACAGCAUCCUGCAGGACCGGGAGGUAGUGGUCGACAACUGCAGCCGCCUGUCCAACGCCUUCGUCCAGCAGCAGGCGCAGCUCAGAGCUAGAGAGCAGACCACCAGCGCCCUGAGGGCCGAGCUGGAGAGUCUACAGGAGGCCAUGAGGAACAAAACUGAAUAUCUGUCCAGACUCAACGCUGAGCUGGACUCGCUGAAGACCGACCGCGACAGGCUGAUCCAGGACCUGAAGGACCAGGCCAUGGCUGUGGACACCCUGCAGCUGGAGCUGGAUGGUGUCUCUGAGGAGUUAGACAAGAGAAGGAGCGCUGAGGCGGGUCUGCAGGAGGCUCUGAAGCAAGAGCAGACCAGGAGCUCGCAGCUCCGGGCCAGUCUGGAUGAUGAGCAGGAGGAGGUCUGUCGCCUGAGCCAGGAGAACGGGAGCUACACCCGGCUGGCCGACCAACUCUCCACCCAGAUCGUAGAGAUGGAGGAGGAGAUCACCACGCUCAGAGACCAUCUCAGAGAGCUCAGCUCCCAGCUCAACGACACCGCAGACCUGGUCCUGGACCUCAGGAGGCAGCUCAACGCCAAAACCAGCGAGGUGGAUCGGCUCCGGGCCGAGGUGGCGGACGCCGCCAAUCGCUUACGUCACACCAAAGCCUCCUCAGAUAAGCAUCACAGCAACGUAGAGCAGCUGACCAACCGGCUGGAAGCGAAGGACGGAGACCUGAACCUGGCCAGACAACAGGUCCUCCAGCUACAGCAGGCCCUGCAGGACUCCCAGAACCAGCUACAGCGGGCCCUGCAGGACUCCCAGAACCAGCUAAGGAUGGCGCAGGAGGACUUUGAACAGGAGAAGAGGGUGAUGGUGCAGCAGCUGAUGGAGCUGGAGAAGCUGGUCCUGGCCCUGGAGGAGGUGAUGGACCCGGGGAGUCCACACAGGACUCAGCUGGAGGAGGUUCGAUUGGAGAACGGAGCUCUUCAGGAGCGACUCAGCGUCCUGCAGCAGGAAGUCCAGAACCUGGAGGACGAUGUCGCCAAGAAGAGGAGGAAACUGGAGGAGCUGGACAGAGAGCACGACAGGAGCAGAGAAGAGGAGGAGAGGCUCCACAAAGAGAACUCCAGAUAUCGUGAGGAGGUUCUGGACCUGAGCAGCAGGAACUUGCAGCUCAGCAACGACAACGCAGAGCUGAGCGCCCGUCUCCGUGGAGACCAGGAGUCUGUGCGGAUGCUGCAGGAGCGCCUGGCAACGGUCUCCAAGGAGCAGGAGGAGGAGGGAGCUUCGGUGCGGCGGCUGCAGGAUGCGGCGGUGCAGCAGGAGAGAGAGAAGCUGCAGCAGCAGGCGGUCUGGACGCAGGAGAGACAGCUGCUGGAGAGAGAGCUCCAGUCCUACAAGGAGAAGCUGGCUCGUCUGUCGGAGGUGGAGGCGGAGCUCAGCAGCGUGACUCUGAAGCUGCAGUGGUUGGAGGAGGACAAGAGCAAACUGCUGAGAGAAGCCGAUGACCGGAACAAGAAGGUGGAGAAGCUGCAGCAGUCGGCGCUCUCUCUGGAGUCGGAGGCCGAGCUGCUUCGCUCUCAGCUCCACGCUGUCAAUCAGGAGAAACUCGGCCGCGCCCAGGAAGUGACUGACCUGCAGAGGAAGCUGCAGGACGCUCAGGAGAAGGUGGAGGAGUUGGAGAGCAGCGUCAGGAAGCUGAUGAGGGAGAAAGAGGAGCUCCAUCAGGCUCUGGAGGAGCAGGAGGAGCAGACCUCAAUCUCUCAGCAGGAGGAGACCCACAAACUGAGAGUCCAGAACCAGGAGCUCCAACACAAGCUGUCAGAGCUGCAGGUCCAGACCCUGGAGGUCCACAAACUGACCCAGGAGCAGCAGAACCUGAAGACCAAACUGAACACGGUGGAGACGGCGCGGUCGCAGGCUCAGGACCAGGCGGCGCGGGCUGACGCCGCCCUGGGUCUGGUCCAGGCGCAGCACCUGCGGCGGCUGCAGGAGCUGCAGGAGCGAGCGGGCGACGGCUGCAGGGAGCAGGUGGAGCUGCUGCAGGCCCGGCUGCUGGAGGAGCAGAGGAGGAGUCAGCAGCUGGAGGAGACGCUGAGGCUUCAGAGCCAGCAGAGCAGCUCCCAGAUCAGCAUGAAGCAGGAGCAGUACGAGAAGGCGAUGUCGGCCCUGCAGCAGAGGAUGGAGGAGCUGGAGACCAAACUGAAGGGAGUCCGGAUGGUUCUGCAGGAGAAAGUCCAGCAGCUCAAAGAACAGCUGGCGAAGAACACAAAGUCCAGCGUGCUGCUGAAGGAUCUGUACGUGGAGAACUCUCAGCUGAUGAAGGCGCUGCAGGUCACCGAGCAGCGGCAGAAAAAAGCAGAGAAGAAGAACUUCGUGUUGGAGGAGAAAGUCAACGCGCUCAACAGACUGCUGAGAGAGAUCGUCCCCGCGUCGCUCGCCACCUAGCUGCUCAGAGAUCAGUUUCACUAAAGCAGCUUCAGCACGGGAGGGUGGCUUUAGCCUAGCUUAGCACAAAGACUGCACACAGGUAGGAACUGUUAGCCUAGCUUAGCACGACUGGAUUCAGGCAACAGCUGUUAGCUUAAACUAGCCUAGCACAACAAUCAGAAGCAAGCAAGAACACAAAGAUCAAUAAACAGAUAAACCUCCGAUAUCGACCUUUCAGAAUAAAAUCAGUGCAGUUAAUGUUAAUUAAAGAUAAUUAAAACAUAAUUAGUCAUUAAAGAUUGACAAUCAGCCAAUCAGAGCAGAGUAUAAAUCAGGAUCAAUAAAGUUACAUUAAUAUAUUUUAUUUUGAGCCUCUGGGGCCUCCGUACUUCAGAUUAUCAGUGAUUUUACUCUGCUGGUAGGAAAUGAUCAGAAACUGUGAGCAGGUGUGUUAAGUUUGACUCACAGGUAAAGAAGGUGAAGGUCAGUGUGUGGGGGGGGCGUGGCCUUCUGGAUGACUCAUCACCUGCCUCACCUGUAACAACCUCUAUUGAACAGGUAACAGGUAACAGGUGUGUCUGCUCUCCUCCCUGAAGCUGCUUUACACUAACUGACCUUUAUUCUUAGAAAACCAGUCUGACCACACACACACACACACUCACACACACACACACACACACACACACACACACUCACACUCACUCACUCACUCACACA